UCCGAGCAAGCCGUGGAUCUGCGUAAAUAUCUUGAGCUUCUUGGUCCAUACAGACAGACUGAAAGAAGGACCGUGGCUACACAAGUAGCUGAGAUACACCGCUUUGUACAGGCAUAUUUAUUGGAAGGGCACAACAGAGAAGUUAAAAGGUUGUGGGGACCUGGAGCCUAUCCCAGGAGACUUGGGGCACAAGGCAGGGUCCACCCUGGACAGGGUUCCAAUCCAUCGCAGGGCACACAUAAAACACACUCACACACCAUCUCAUCUGUUUUGUUGAGUUCAUUGAAUAUUCUUCGUUAAAUCAUGAAUGCAUUUGCAAGAUUGUUGCUGCUACUGCUGCCUCUCUACUUUUGUACUUUAGCUGACACGGGACUCCUUCCCAGAGUGAGAAGAGGAACACGCAACUAUAGAGACCGCUGUGUAGACGCAGACUCAGCUGCACUCAGAGAGAAUGGAGACACUUGGCUACGAUGGAGAGGUCAGAAAGUUGAGUUUUGCCACUGCGUCCCAAGAGCAAGAGCACGCUGUUACUACAUACCUAUCACUACUUGUUCUGUAUCAAGAUGCUACAAUGGUGGCACAUGUAAGGAGGCUGUAUUCUCCAAUGAUUUCAUAUGCCUAUGUCCUCCGGGUUUUACUGGACAACAGUGCGAGAUCAAUCUGAAUGAGAAAUGUGUAAGUGGGCAGGGGUCUGAUUAUCGUGGUACUUGGAGCAUUUCUAGUUCUAAUGCUGAGUGUAUCAACUGGAACUCCACAUUACUCAGAGGAAAAAAAUUUACAGCCAGAAAACCAGGCACAAGAAUCUUUGGACUGGGAAAUCACAAUUACUGCAGAAAUCCAGAUGGGGACUCCAGACCAUGGUGCUAUGUUUAUAAAAAGUCUCAAAUUGUGUGGGAAUUCUGUUCUAUGCCAAACUGUACAAAAGACCCUGAGCCAGAGUGUGUACAGAGAUUAGGCCAGACCUAUAGAGGAAAGAAAUCCUUCAGUAAAAGCAACACUAAAUGUCUGCAAUGGGACUCGCCUGCAAUCCAACAGAAGCCUUACACAGCCUGGAGGCGGAAUGCUAGAGAGCUGGGUCUUGGCAGCCACAGCUACUGCAGGAACCCAGACAGUGACCUUAGUCCCUGGUGCUACAUUUAUAAAGACUCUCAGCUGACAUGGGAACUCUGUGAUAUUCCUAAAUGCUCAAGGAGACCAUCUACCAUCACAACUCUUGGCCCAAGAGCUCCUAUAACAACCACAAGAAGAGACUCCUGUGGUCAGCGUUCUGAAAGGCUCUCUAGUGUUCUGCCAGCAUUCAGAAUACAUGGAGGUCAGGCAAGUGACAUCACACAGCAUCCAUGGCAAGCAGCGAUCACUGUAUACUGGCCACACACCAAAUCACACAACUUUUUGUGUGGGGGAGUCCUGAUCGACUCCUGCUGGGUCCUUUCUGCAGCGCAUUGUUUCCAGGAGAGAUUUACAGAAAAUCGCUUGCACGUGAUUCUUGGCCGAACCUUCAGGCUUCAGAACUCCAGCAGUGAACAAACUUUUGAUGUGGAGAGGUAUUGGGUCCAUGAACAAUACAACGAAGAUAAUUUUGAUAAUGACAUAGCUCUGUUAAAGCUGAAGAGUACAGACGGCUUCUGUGUUAUAAAUUCUCCAGAGGUCCUGCCUGUCUGUUUACCAGAACCUGGAAUGGUUCUCCCUGAUUGGAUGGAAUGUGAGAUUUCUGGUUAUGGCAAAGAAAGAGAAUUCUCUGCAUUCUAUUCUGAUAGAGUAAAACAGGGUCAUGUACGCCUCUGGCCCCAGGAGCUGUGUGUACCAGAGAAACUGUCUGGGCGUGAAAUAACACAGAACAUGUUGUGUGCUGGAGACACGCGUGGCUUGGACGAUGCCUGCAAGGGUGACUCAGGUGGUCCUCUGGUAUGUGAAAAGGACAGACAGAUGACCCUUAUAGGUUUGAUCAGCUGGGGUGAUGGAUGUGGAAAAAAAGACAUACCAGGUGUUUACACACGCGUUACAAAGUACACAACCUGGAUUUCCAGCAAGAUGAGAUCAAAUUAAUGAACAAACUCAAAGAUCUAGUUGCUUCAGUUGGACUAAUUUGACAUUGUUUCAGUCAUUGACAUUAGAACUGCUGCACAAGUAUGUUUCAUGUAAAAGCAGACUCUAAAUGGAUUCUUCAAGAGGAGUUUAUCAACGACAAAACGUAGACACCAUUUCAGUUUAUUGUUGCAUUUAAUUUCACAAGACAACAAUGGACUCAAAUGGGUCACUGUGGAAUAUGUUAAUCAAUGAACACGUACAGGAAUAUACGUAUACAUUGUUAGGUUGUCAGUAGUAUGAAUUCAGCUAAUAAAAAUCUACUUUUAAAAAUGAACAUUAUUAAGAUUAUAAAACUUUAUUAAAGUAUUACAAAAAUAUGUAUAGUCUUGUGUAUAACCAAAGUGACUGCCAUUGUAUUUAUCCUUUGAAGACACUAUCUCUGGACACUGAUAUUGAAAGAUUGAAAGGGUACAUAGAAAAGAGUACAUAGACUCGCUCUCUCUCACACACACACACACUCUAAUUCACCUUAAUUUUAUAAAUGACAAAUUAGUUUAUUUAACAAUACUGUGUAUGCUGCCUGCUACAUACAGUCCCCUCCAAAAGUAUUUUAGCAUUUAUUCAAGGCUAAAUGUAUUAUAUUUAUACACAAUGAGAACAUUUUGGUUGAACAUUAAUAUGAGUCAAUAGAUCAGAAUUUCAGUUUUAAUUUCCUGAUAUUUAUAUCUACAUGCAUAUAUGUGUUAAACAACUGACAACAUGGCACCUUUAGUAGCAGGCCAUCCUGUUUCAACAUGUGCGAAAGGAAAAUAAUUAGAAACUAAAAUAAAAAAUUUCUGAAGAGAAAAAGAAAUAAACAGUUAGGAAAUGUGCAGGACUUACCAGGCCAGCACAUGUUUUAAGUUUUAAAUCACUUAAAAAUAGGCAAGUUCAAACAAAUGGUGCCACAUUUUCAGUUGUUCCAUUUUUUUAUCUUAAACCCAAAUGUUACAAAAUACAAAAUUAUUUAAACAGAUCUUUUUAAAAUGUCAAAAUUUAUUUGCCUUUUUUUUUUAGCACUUUUAGAAUUUGCUGGGUCAAAUCAGUCAUUUGUUUUUAGAUUUUGAUCAAAUUGUUUUUAUAUGUAAGUAUUAAAUAUUAUGUUAAAUUUAUAUUUAAUUGUAUGUCAUGUGUACUAUUUUAUUUGUAUACUUUAGAAAUAGUUUAUUGCUACUGUAUACUUUAGCAUUGACUUUAUAUAAUUCCCCAUUUAUUCUGCAUUAGCUUUGCUACAGUUUACCCUUUAAGUAAAAAAAAAAAAAACUUUUAUUCUGUUAAUACUAACUUUCUAAAGUAGCAGUUUAUUAUAUAUUUGGUGUGAUUUCAUGAUUAUUCAUUUACCAAGUUCAUUAUGGAGCUUCUUAUCACCAUUUUGUAACCACGAGCUUGCUUACAAUAACUUACUAUAUGAUGAUUGUGCAAUAAAUUUGUUCACAUUGUAUAGCAAGUCAUAAUGUAAGGUUAUGUAAAAAAUAUGGCCAAAUAAAGACAAAGUAAACCAAGUAAA